GUGGUAGAAGUGACCGAGAACAGGUGCAAAUUGACGUUGCAUAUUGUACUCUUGGGUUCACUCGUCCCAAUGCGUCUUCCCAUUGUUUCUCUCUUCGCAUUCGCACCAGCUGCCCUCGCCGCACUAGGCAAUGAUGCACCGCCGCGAGCAUUGACGUCGGCGCCGUCCAGUGUCGCCGAGUCGACGCUCACCGCGCCUCAAAGCACCUCGCUUCAUAUCCCCGUUACGACGCCUCCUUCGUCUUUUCUGACCAGUAUCAUUUCGCCUAAUAGCACCGUGGCUGCCAACAGUACAAGGACUAGCCGGACCCGUAAACCUCAUACUGAGCCUAUACCCAUCUUUUCGAGUCGAUGCGAUUGUCCCAAUCUAGCAACAGUCGCGUACCCUUGUUGGGCGACUGAUGCUCUACAGCGUUGCGAAUUCGAAGAACUUCACUCAUUUGUGUGUUGGACGAGCGCGGCACGCGGGUGCCCCACGCCUACACGGUCUUGCCGAUCGUUCUUCACACCGCAACCUGUAACAGGGCGACACCCAUGCGAUAUUGGGAUGGGCAAUCCACCUGAACCGACGGCUAUCAUGACAUCAACACUCGCGGACUUGACGAGUGCUACGCUUGAACCGACGGCAUAG